GUAGGUGGAGGUGUGAAAAUCCUCUUUGAGAAUGAGCUCGGUGUGGCAGAUUUCCACCUGCCCAACAAAAGCUGCAUCCUGUACGUGUCGGAGUGUGACAUCAUAGCAGGAAACGGCUACAAGAGGAAACUGGUUCGCUACAGAAAUGCCAGCAGCAGCUUCCAGCAGCUGGUGCUGGUGGAGAACACCAGACUCAGUGAGCAGUACUUCUCUGCUGUCCAGAAGUUUGUGGUGUUUGACCUCGGCCUGACUCUCCUGCCGGUCAGCGGGCAGACUGAAGCCUCACAGCUCAUCACUCAGAUGGUCCAUGGGGAGAGCAGGGAGAACCCUUUCAGGCGGAGGAGUGCGUCUCGGCUGUUGGACCCCCUGGUCCUGGCCCUGGUGCAGCAGGUCCCGGGGGUGGGCAGGGUCAAAGCUCUGGCCCUGCUGCAGCAUUUCCCCAGCAUCCAGCAGCUCUGUAACGCCUCCCCCGCCGAGCUGGAGCCCAUCGUGGGUCAGGCUGCCGCUCAGCAAAUCCACAGCUUCUUCCACAAAGCCACAGCUGCUGGAACCUGAAGGCGCUCCGCAUGGAUCCAGUCUGGGUCUUUAUUUAACCAGAGAGGUUUGGAUCUAAUGAUACUGGUCACCUGAAACAUGCUCCCUGGUCGCCGUGUCUGCUGCACAGGAUGUGAGGAGCUUUAGAUUUAAAUGACUGCUGGGACACCAC